AUGUCCACGGCCACCGUCAAGUCGAGCACGGGAAAGACAAAUUUCAACUACACGAUAUCGACACCCUUGUCUUCGUCAGCCAAGUCUAUCGACAGAAGUCUACCAACACUGCUGUUCAUACACGCAGUCUUCCACGGACCGCAAAUCUUCCAACGACAAUUCGAGGAUCCGCAGAUAAGAAGAUUUAACUGCGUCGCAUUGGAUCUCAGAAUACAUGGUCGGACGACAGGCGAUGCGCUCCCCAAGGGUUACGGUGCCAAGGAGGCAGCUGAAGACCUCGCAUUAUUCAUGGACGAGAUCGAUUUACCCGCCUGCCACGUUGUAGCCCUGUCGAAGGGCAGUAUCGUGGCGAUGGGUCUCGCUGUCUACUACCCAGAUAAAGUUGCAUCGCUCUUCCUUGUGUCGCCGCUGGGACUGGAGGAACCGGCAGAUGUAGCCGACGGUCGGCGGGAAAUAGUCAAGCAUUGGAAGGAGGGAUUCAAGACAGGCGAGCCAGACAUGGAGGUCCUGUCUGACGCGGCCUACGGUGUCCUGCAACUGGGUUUUAGCAAUAAGCUCGAUAGUUUAUCGAGCGCGCUUGCUGCUAUCACAAUGCCUUUGGCCUUGAAAAAGGUCACUCCCGCGAACUUUGAUCAACUCGAGAGAGCCACGGUUGAUUUUCUGAACAAUCGAAGGGAGUAUACCACCGAAGAACUUUCCCGGAUACGCGUCCCUGUCAAAUUGGUCCAUUGCCUAGGGGAUAUCGCGUACCCUCAAGAAUACACAGAAAAAUUCAUGCAGCAGCUGACAGACGCUGCAGUCACCGUCAGCCUGGCCACGAUACCAGAUGCUCCGCACUUUGGUGUUGUAACGCAUGAGUGUUUUUUUUCUUUUUUCUUUUUCAGUGUUAACCGGUUACUCUGUGAAUUUAUUUUAGAUUGUUGCGGGACCUUUGUUCCGCCAGCACCCGGCGAAGUUAGUUCUCCGUGGGAGGCAGAAUUGGUGAAGGCCGGUUGGAAUAAGGCUGCGAGCGACUGUGAGGACGAUUAA